GCUCGAAGCCAGUGUUGGAGCAGAGGGGAGAGCUCAGAGGUUGUUCGGCCUCAGGGAAGGUCAACAGCAAAAGUGGCACGAUGGCCUCCCUUCUCCAGCACUGCCCCUUCGUGAGCCGGGACCCGACCGUCUUCCUCCGCAAAGUUCGCCCUUUGCUGGUGGCCAGUGCUCAGCGCUGCCCAGUGAUGGUGGCACGCACCUUCUCCUGCUCUGCUUCGGAUCGGCAACGUGGGAAAGCGCCCCGCGGGGAGAACGGCUCUGUGCCUCUCCCCACCACUCAGUGCCCCUUUAUCGAGUCUGAGCACCAGGGUGGGCAUCGGGCCUUUGUGCAAGAGGCCAAACCUGAGCUCCAGGAGGAUAUCAGAGCUUUCAAGUCAGGUAUGCUGAGUUCUCUUCUCCGGGAGGUGCAAACCAGUCUCAGAAGGAACUUGCUGGACUCCGAUGAAGUGACCCACCUCAUCCGGGACAACAUGCCAGGGAGCUCCGUGUUCGAUUACGACGAGUUCUUCAAGGCCAAGAUCCUGGAGAAGAAGCAGGACCACACCUACCGGAUCUUCAAAACCGUGAAUCGCCAGGCCCAUGCGUAUCCCUUCGCCGAGGACUAUUCGUGCGCCGAAACCGAAGCACAGAAAGUUUCUGUCUGGUGCAGCAACGACUACCUGGGCAUGAGCCGCCACCCUCGAGUGCUGGCGGCCAUACGAGAGACCCUGAAUCUUCACGGAGCUGGCGCCGGGGGCACCAGGAAUAUUUCGGGCACCAGCAAGUUCCACGUGGAUCUGGAGCGGGAGCUGGCCGGCCUGCACAAGAAAGACGCCGCCCUGCUCUUCUCCUCCUGCUUCGUGGCCAAUGACUCCACCCUCUUCACUCUGGCCCGCAUGAUGCCCGGGUGUGAGUUCUACUCGGACGCCGGGAACCACGCCUCCAUGAUCCAGGGCAUCCGGAACAGUGGUGCGCCCAAGUACGUCUUCCGGCAUAACGAUCCUCAGCACCUGGAGGAGCUCCUGAGCCAGGCCAAACCCGGCACCCCAAAGAUUGUGGCCUUUGAGACCGUGCACUCCAUGGAUGGUGCCAUCUGCCCCCUGGAAGAAAUGUGUGACGUGGCACACCGCUACGGAGCCAUCACCUUUGUGGAUGAGGUCCACGCCGUGGGACUUUACGGGGCCCACGGGGCUGGCAUCGGCGAGCGGGACAAAGUAAUGGGCAAGAUAGACAUCGUCUCCGGCACCCUGGGAAAAGCUUUCGGCUGCGUGGGAGGAUACGUGGCCAGCACGGCCUCCCUGAUCGACACGGUGCGCUCCUACGCCGCCGGAUUCAUCUUCACCACCGCCCUGCCCCCCAUGAUGCUAGCCGGGGCCCUGGAGUCGGUCCGGAUCCUGAAGAGCCCCGAGGGGCAGAUGCUGCGCCGCGCCCACCAGCGCAACGUUAAACACAUGCGCCAACUGCUCAUGGAUGCCGGGCUGCCCGUGAUCGGCUGUCCCAGCCACAUCAUUCCCAUCCGGGUUGGAAACGCAGCCCUGAACACCCACCUCUGCGACUUGCUUCUGUCCAAACACAACAUCUACGUCCAAGCCAUCAACUACCCGACUGUGCCCCGGGGAGAGGAGCUGCUGCGACUGGCACCAUCUCCUCACCACACCCCCGCCAUGAUGAACUACUUUGUGGAAAAGCUGCUGGCCGCCUGGCGUGAGGUGGGCCUCCCCCUGCAGGACCUGGCCUCUCCCAAGUGCAACUUCUGCCACCACCCAGUCCACUUCGCCCUGAUGAGCGAGUGGGAGCAGGAUUACUUUGGCAACAUGGGGCCCCAGUACAUCUCGCUUUCCGCCUGAGCGGCAGACCGGGACGACCUCGAGGAGGAAGAAAGAGAUGAGCCGGUUGUGAAUCCAAGCUGGUGCCCAAACCCAAUAAAGC